GGCCUGAAGAAGCAGUUUCAUAGUUGUUUAAUCAACCCGGCUUUUAAUACACCGGUUGCAGUAAUUCACUUGCAACUUCAACCGUGCGAACACAUGACAAUUGGUGUUGUUAUUGGACAUAAUAUCAAUACUUGGAGACCCUUAACACGCCCUCAUGAAAACCCGCUGAAUGUUAUGACGGAUAUUAUUAACGAUUUAGGAAUAAAGUUGCUUAAUUGUUAUGUUGAACGACCUGGAAAUGUCGCUUUUUCACCAGUUGGAUUAGCUUUUGUCUUAACUGCCUUAUACGAAGGAUCAGCAGGGCAUACCAAUAGACAAUUAAUUCACGUUUUGAGUCUUCCACGUGAUCGCAGAGUCACACGAGUUGGAAUGCGUGAUAUAAAUCGAAAACUUCGAAGUUAUCUUAAUGCAGACGCCUUUCUGGGUGGACUUACACUCAAUCGGGAUGAUAUCAUGUUGCGACCAGAAUACGAGGAUAUCUUGAGGUUUUAUGGAUUCGAUGUCGCUGACACAACGAAAGGGAAUGGCACAAUUAAUAACACUGUCAAUUCAACAUCACCAGAUAGUACAACAGCUGAUACCAAUAAUCAAACCGAUUCUAUGAUUGAAAAUAUUGAAACUACAACUGCCCCUAUAUUGGCAGUACCCGGAGUAAUUGAUACUAUUGCAGGUAGUACAACAGCUAGUAAUUCAUUGACACCAGCAACAACUAAUCCAACGGUUGAAAUCAUUGCUGCAACAAAUAAUGUGACAAAUAUGGCUAUUAUGGCAGAUAUUAUGAAUGAAAAUAGCACAAGAAUACCAAUUAACAAUUUAGAAACAACUACAGUAACUCCAUCAAUGGCUAUUGGAACUAUUACUGACACCAAUAUUAUUACUACUUUGACAACUCCAAUAGCUUCUGAAAAUCAAACAGUAGUUAAUAUGGGCGGAAAUGGAAAUAAUGGUGAUAAUGGAAUGAGUUCUAUGUCAUCAGUCGAUGCUAACGUAACAACUAGAAUGGAAAUGACAGUUUCAAUAAUUGACAGUGUUACCGAUGUUAACAAUCAAACAGAUGCUGUUGCUAUUGAUACCAAUGAUACUAGUAAUGUUCGAAGAAAACGGAGUUUUCAUCACAGAAGAUUACUUCCUGUGUGGUUUGAUGAUUUAAAUACUUGGCAAGACUAUCCAACAUCUGAUGAUGAAUUUCAAGAAUCUAUGGACCAGCAGACGACAGAAUUGAAAUUUCUGGUGCAUGGCUGUGAUGCUGCUUCUAUAACCACUGUUACUUAUACCACAGUUUUACCAUUUGCAUAUUUUCCUCUUCUUCAUGCAAUUGGAUUGGAAUUUCCAUUAGAUGAUCCAAGGUACAAUAUGAUUAUUAUGGUACCUACUGAUGAUGUAGACGCUCAAACCUUAACAAGAAUUUUUCCUUCCAAAAGUUUGCGAUAUCUGAGAAAUUCUAUGAGAUCAACAUGGGUUAAGGCAACAAUUCCUUCAUUUAUGCUUCGUGGAUUUAUUACGUUGACUCCUUAUCUUCAACAGUUAGGAAUUAAAGAUGCAUUUGAGCCGAGAGCUGCUGAUUUAUCACCAAUGAGUCCUGAUUUGGGAAUCUACGCUAGAGAUGUCCAUCAAAGUAUCGGUGUAAAUAUUAGAAAUUAUUUGAAAGGGAAUGAAAAUGGUGAUAAUUCAACAAACACAUCUAUCAAAAAAGACGAAUAUUAUCCUGCAGAAAAUAUUCUUGGUAUAAAAGAACCAAUCCCGUUUACUGCUGAUCGCCCAUUUCUUUUUUUUAUUGUGGAUGCUGAGACAUCACUUUCUCUGAUAGCAGGACGUAUUGAUGAUCCUCUUAACUCAAGAAUUAUAUAAAGAUUAUGUGUAAAUGUAUAUUUUAACAUAAGGAACAUUAUCUUUACCAUAUUUUAAGACUCUCAAUUAUUUCAAAUAAUAAGUCAUUAAUUUUAAU